AUGAGGAGUGGUUUGAGGAUUGGGCACCAAUGGAGCCCCGGGACAAGAAGAACUGUACCGCCCUCCGCACCAGCGACGGACUGUACCGAGACCCUGAGGGCCAGCUGCUAUAGAGAAUCGGACCAGACUUACUGGAUCCUGGACCAGUCCCUGGACUGGAAACAGGCCCGGUCUCAGUGUAAGGCCAACUUCGCCAACCUCAGCUCCGUCCUGAACCAGAACCAAACCCAGGAUAUCCUCCAGGCGCUCCAGUCGCUGAACCAGGCAGGGGAGGAGGUCUGGAUCGGGCUGUACCUGCGGUGA